UUAUCUUUCCUCGCUGUUACAUUCACAACGACCUCCUGGAGGAUAAAAGAAUCGCUGCUGGCAAGGUGGAACUGCACCAACAACAUUCCAGACAACGAACUCUUUAGCAUUCAGAACAAUCAAAAUCACCUCUAACCAGGCAAUCAUAACAUAUCAUGGCAUCGGACUCGGACUCGAACGUUGGUUUCACUGCAGGAUGGGUCGAGAAUACUUCGAGUCAAUGGCCCGCAUGGGCAGACGCCUUAUUGAAGAGAUAUAUGGCCGAAACUAGAAUACUCGAAGAGAACACGUCGAGCAAAGAAUACCCUCGGAAGUUGCAGGACAUUGGAGUACAGCUGCUCUCAAAUGUCAAUCCUUACGGAUGGGAGCCGAGACACGGGGAGUUGUUUUGGCAGAAGAUACAGAGGAUGGUUGCUCAAUACCAUAUUGCAAAUCAGCACAAUACAAUUCGAACACCAGUCUAUCGAGAUCCGGUUGUAGGAGACACAAUCCAUCUCGCGCCAGAUUCGCAGAAUCGAUCCAAACUUCCUCCAGCCAAAGCCUGGGGUACGCCUCCUGUCCCCAGUCCCAAGGUACCUACCACACAGCAAAGUGUGCUGAAUAAGGAUGAUCUAGCAGCGAAGAUAUGGAAAGAGGCAGAUACUGAGACACAACUGAGGAUAUUUCGCGCACAAUUAUGGUCUACGAAGGUUCCAACAGCUCUCAUGCACGAAAUUGCCAGAUUCUGUGCCGAGAUGUGUAGGAAGGGUGAUACUCAGACUUUGUCAAUCACUUCGUCGAAAGAGUCCCCAAAAGUGACCGCAGGUUCUGAGACUAAAGGGUCCCGCGUGGCCUCCAACAGUGUUUCGUCAAUCCAUAAAAUCUCAAACAGGCCGAUUUUGAAGCAGUCUACCGAUACUCAAUUGUCAAUCCAGGGGCAGAAGUCCGGAGCAGAGUGUGAGUCCAGAGAGCAGAGUCGGUCCGGGGAAGAAACUCAAUUUCAGGAUGACAGUUCAUCUCGAGCAGUCGCGCCUGUGCCUGAUCUGAAAAGCUUGAUCGAAGAGCGAUUGCGACAGGGUCGACUGAAGAGAGCUGCUGCAGGGGCUACAGCACAGGAUUCAAAGCGUACGAAGUCAGAAAUCUGAGAAUAAGUAGU